UUCCUGGAGGCGGGGCGGACCGCCGGGAGAACCUGCUUCGGUGACCACAGCGGCUCUUUGAUGGCGGCUGUCGGGCGGCCGCGGCCCCGCCGGCUCCGGGUGCUGGGCGGGCUGCGCCGCGCCUAAGGAGGCGCCGCGUCUCUGCGCCAUGGGGAGGCGGAGCAGCGGCGGGCGGCUGCACUGAGGCGGCGGGACCGAGCGGCACUUUCGAGGGGAAACCCCACUCCGGGACCUGCAAGGCCGGGGGGAUGUUACGGUGGAUCCGCCAGCAGCUGGGUUUUGACCCACCACAUCAAAGUGAUACACGAACGAUUUACAUAGCAAAUCGUUUCCCCCAGAAUGGCCAUUAUAUUCCUCAGAAAUUUGCAGAGAACAGAAUCAUUUCAUCUAAGUAUACGGUGUGGAAUUUUAUUCCGAAAAAUUUAUUUGAGCAGUUCAGAAGAGUAGCCAAUUUUUAUUUUCUUAUUAUAUUUUUGGUCCAGCUUAUGAUAGAUACACCUACCAGUCCUAUUACAAGCGGAUUGCCAUUAUUCUUUGUCAUAACUGUAACAGCCAUAAAACAGGGGUAUGAAGACUGGUUACGACAUAAAGCAGACAAUGAAGUAAAUGGAGCUCCAGUUUAUGUCGUUCGAAGUGGUGGCCUUGUAAAAACUAGAUCAAAAAACAUUAGGGUGGGUGAUAUUGUCAGAGUAGCCAAAGAUGAGACUUUCCCUGUUGAUCUUGUACUUCUGUCCUCCGAUAGAGUGGAUGGUUCGUGUCAUGUUACUACUGCUAGCUUGGAUGGAGAAACUAAUCUUAAGACUCAUGUUGCAGUCCCAGAAACAGCAGUAUUACAGUCAGUUGCCAACCUGGACACACUCGUAGCUGUUAUAGAAUGUCAACAGCCAGAAGCAGACCUAUACAGAUUUGUUGGAAGAAUAACUAUAAGUCAUCAGAUUGAGGAAAUUGUGCGACCUCUUGGGCCUGAAAGUCUUUUACUUCGAGGAGCAAGAUUAAAAAACACAAAAGAAAUUUUUGGUGUUGCUGUGUAUACGGGUAUGGAGACAAAGAUGGCAUUAAAUUACAAGAGUAAAUCUCAGAAACGAUCAGCAGUAGAAAAGUCUAUGAACUCAUUUUUGAUUAUCUAUUUAAUAAUCCUCCUUUUUGAAGCAGUCCUGAGUACAAUUUUAAAAUAUGCAUGGCAAGCUGAAGAAAAAUGGGAUGAACCUUGGUAUGACCAGAAAACUGAACAUGAAAGAAACAGCAGUAAGAUUCUGAGAUUUAUUUCAGAUUUUCUUGCUUUUCUGGUACUUUACAAUUUUAUCAUCCCUAUUUCGCUUUAUGUGACUGUUGAGAUGCAGAAAUUUCUUGGAUCUUUUUUUAUUGGCUGGGAUCUUGACCUCUAUCAUGAAGAAACAAACCAGAGAGCACAAGUAAAUACUUCAGAUCUCAAUGAGGAGUUAGGACAGGUGGAGUAUGUGUUUACAGAUAAAACUGGUACACUAACUGAAAAUGAAAUGCAGUUUCGGGAAUGCUCUAUUAAUGGCAUCAAAUACCAAGAGAUCAAUGGCAAACUAGUUCCAGAGGGGUUGACUGAGGAUUCCCCAGAUGGAAUUAGACCGAGUCUUAUGAAAGAGGAAGAGCUUUUCUUGAAAGCAGUCUGUCUCUGUCACACAGUGCAUAUCAGUGCAGAUCAAACCGAUGGCAUUGGUGAUGGGCGCUGGCGUGCCAAUGGAAUAGUGUCUCAGCUGGAGUACUAUGCUUCCUCACCAGAUGAGAAGGCUUUAGUUGAAGCUGCUAGCAGAGUUGGUGUUGUAUUUACUGGAACUAAUGGGGAAGGUAUGGAAGUGAAAAGCCUUGGAAAACCAGAAAGGUUUAAAUUACUUCAUGUUUUGGAGUUUGAUCCAAAUCGUAGACGAAUGAGUGUCAUCGUAGAGAGUCCCUCUGGAGAAAAGCUCUUAUUCACAAAAGGAGCAGAAUCUUCCAUUCUUCCUCACAGUAGAGGGGGAGAAAUAGACAAAACAAGGAUUCACGUAGAUGAAUUUGCUUUGAAAGGGUUAAGAACUUUAUGUGUAGCCUAUAGAAGAUUCACAGCUGAGGAAUAUCAGGAAAUAGACAGACGCCUUCAUGAGGCUAGAACUGCCUUACAGCAACGAGAAGAACGACUGGCAGAUGUAUUCAACUUCAUAGAAAAGGAUCUGGAAUUACUUGGGGCUACAGGAGUAGAGGACAAACUCCAAGAUAAAGUCCAAGAAACUAUAGAGGCACUCAGACUGGCUGGUAUCAAAGUGUGGGUGCUUACUGGAGAUAAGCAUGAAACAGCUGUUAGUGUGAGUUUAUCAUGUGGACACUUCCAUAGGACCAUGAACAUCCUUGAACUUGUACAACACAAAUCAGACAGUACAUGUGCAGAGCAGCUGAGGCAGCUAGCCAGGAGAAUAAAGGAUGAUCAUGUAAUCCAGCAUGGGCUGGUUGUGGAUGGGACCAGCCUCUCUCUUGCACUCAGGGAACAUGAAAAACUGUUCAUGGAAGUUUGUAGAAAUUGUUCUGCAGUGCUGUGUUGUCGCAUGGCACCCCUGCAAAAAGCCAAGGUAGUACGACUGUUAAAAACAUCUCCAGAGAAACCUAUAACCUUAGCCAUUGGUGAUGGGGCUAAUGAUGUAAGCAUGAUACAAGAAGCGCAUGUUGGCAUAGGAAUCAUGGGGAAAGAAGGAAGGCAAGCUGUAAGAAACAGUGACUAUGCAAUAGCAAGGUUUAAAUUCCUCUCCAAGUUGCUUCUUGUUCAUGGCCACUUUUACUAUAUUAGGAUAGCAACCCUUGUACAGUACUUUUUUUAUAAGAAUGUAUGCUUUAUUACACCACAGUUUUUAUAUCAGUUCUUUUGUUUGUUUUCACAACAAACGCUCUAUGACAGUGUGUACCUGACUUUAUACAACAUUAGUUUCACUUCUUUGCCUAUUCUGAUGUACAGUCUUUUUGAACAGCAUGUUCACCCUCAUGUAUUACAGAGCAAGCCAACACUCUAUAGAGACAUUAGGAAAAAUGCACUCUUGGGCUUUAAACCGUUUCUUUACUGGACCAUUUUGGGGUUCUCUCAUGCAUUUGUUUUCUUCUACGGCUCAUAUCUUCUGAUGGGAGAAGACACUUCUCUGCUGGGAAAUGGCCAGAUGUUUGGAAACUGGACUUUCGGUACUUUGGUCUUUACUGUUAUGGUUAUAACUGUUACAGUGAAGAUGGCUUUAGAGACCCAUUUCUGGACUUGGAUAAAUCAUUUUGUUACGUGGGGCUCCAUUGUAUUUUAUUUUCUAUUUUCCUUGUUUUAUGGGGGAAUUAUCUGGCCAUUUUUGCAUACGCAGGACAUGUACUUCGUAUUUGUUCAGUUGCUGUCGAGUGGUUCCGUUUGGUUUGCCAUAAUCAUCAUAGUUGUCACUUGUUUGUUUCUUGAUGUUGUGAAGAAAGUGCUGUGCAGACAUCUACAACCAACAAGUACUGAAAAAGCUCAGCUUACUGAGACAGGUUCAGGUAUCAACUGCUUGGACUCCAUGUGCUGCUUCUCAGAUGGGGAAACAGCAUGCGCAUCUGUUAGAAGAAUGUUGGCACGACUAAUGGGAAGAUGCAGUCCAACCCGGGUCAACAGGUGUGGAAUUUCUCUCAAUAGCCUUUGCUGCAGACGAUUCUCCUACAAACUGGAACCUGAUGAGCCUGCAGCUAUUGAUGUCUAGCAAACCAGUUGCAGGUUUUGCGUAAUUAAACAGGAAAUGUUAUUCUUUAUAGGCCUUUUUGAUCCUAAAAGAUCCAUUUCUUGCUUACUGGGAGUGCUUUCGUUAGAAAAAGGAAGAAAACGGUUUUUCAAGAAACAGAACUCUCUUCAAACUUUUUGUUUGGUCUUUCUAGUAUGAGAUCUUGUGUUGUGUAUAUAUGGUAUUUUCUCUGGGUUUGUACAUCCUUCUGUUUAGAAAAACAAACCUCACUGUGCUGAUUGUUUUCCUGAUCCAGCUUUUUGCCUUCACAAAUCAAGUGUUGUUUGUAAAGUCAAAAGGCUUUUCCUUUGAUACUUAUGUGUGUCCUCCAAAUAGUCCUAGAUUAGCUUGAGUUACUUCUAAAGAUAUACAAAAUGGUCGUAUUUCCCCCAGACAAUAACUCCAUCAUUAAAAGGAAAGUCUUUAGACUUUUCAUCCAUUGGUGGUUACUAAAAUUAAAUAUUUUUUGUAAUAUAACUUUUAUACUCUAUUUCUAGAAACCAGCUAAUUUACAAAACAAAGCCUUCAAGUUGACUUAGUUUUAAGGAUUUUUCUGUUUGUAUCAAAAAUGUCAGCAAAAUCAUGGGUGCCAUUUAAAAAUAUGUGCUAAAUGUCUUCUUGAAUUACAUACACUAAAACACACAUUGGUGGAAGAAAAACAUAAGAAUUAUCAGAAAUAUUUGUAACAAGUAAUGCUGACAUCUUGCAACAAACAUAGCCGUGAAAGAAAUUUAGAAAGUGAUUUUGAGAUCUACUGAAGUGAACACUUUCACAUCUCCCCAUUUCAAAAAAACUCAGAGAACUAGGUAACAAAUAUGGAGGUAUUUGGGGGUAAAAAUAAAAAACCUUUUGUACAUCAUAGUCUGUCUUUUGCUGAAUGAUAUCAUAGUCCUCCAUUAUUCAAAAGCCAAACCUGGAAAAAAAAUUGCACUUCUCACAUUUACAUGGGGUUUCCUUUAAUAAGUGAACAGCUGUCUCUUUUCAAGUUAAAGGAUGUGAUAUCGUUCAUACAAAAUAAAAUCUUCUAUGGGUAAUUUAUACUGACAUGCAUUGUCAGUUCUGAUUUUACCUUUAGGUGUUGACUUGGUAUGUGGUACAUUUCAGCUUUAAAAUUCUUGUGUUAACACAGUGUCUGUGAUUCUAAUCAUCUUCUUUAUUCUGGCUUGCUUAUGAAAUUUUGUUAGUUAUUUCCAUAAAUCUAGGGUAUAAUUAUGCAAAAAUAUCUUGUGUAUAAGAAGGAACUGUUUAUGAUCAAGUAAAUUUUUUUAAAUCAAAACUCUUGCUGUAUAGUAAGCAGGCAUGAUGUGUAAAAUAAACAGUUGAAUAGAAUUUUUAAACUACAAGAUGAGCAUUUAAUUGUCUAAAACCAACAUUUCUGUAGUGGUUCCUUUAGGUAUAUUUUCACUUAUUGUUAUCUUCUGUAACAAAUGAAAACUAUGUGUUGCAAAUUAGAAACUUUUAUUUUCCAUGCUGCUUUCUUUGUUCUGAUGUCAUCUAAUAAGUGAUACGGUUUUUGGCCAAAAAUUUGUUUGUUGUGCAGGAUCUCAUAAAGGUAGGUAUAAUUAUUUUUUCAUUCUGCUAGGCAUCUAGAUUUUUUUACAAUUUCCUCCCUCCUCCUUCAGUGAGAUCUAUUAAUAAUAAAAAUAUCAUAUUUGACAGAAUAUAAAGCACUUUUUCAAUAUUGUGCUAUUUCUCAGGUUACUUGUCUGUUACCGCUUGUCAUCUUUUUUUUUUCCUAACGACUGUACCGUCUAACUGAAUAAUUUUAAGGCCUGAAAGAGAGUUGUUAAAGCAUUAGAAUUAACAUGGCUUCAAACAAAUGACUAUGCAAAACAAUCUAGGUGCUAGUCAAAGGGCUUUAGGAGUUCCAUGGUUGCUGCUGCAGCUCCAAGAUUUAUAUUGAAGUGGCUCUUCACAACCCUUUCAGUUUCACCUUAUGACAGUAACUAAAAAAGAAUCUGCUUGCUUUAUUUAUUACGUGUUUGUUUUCUGAGUGACUCCAGCUCCUUCCCUUCAGCAUUUCUAUUUAAAAUCUAGUCUAAAAGUGGUAGGAGGAUGUAUUUACGUUCUUCCCCUCACUUCCCUUGCAGUACGUGAAAGUUGCUGAAUACUUUUGUUGAACAUACUAAUUAUGUAAGUCACAUAAAACAGUUACCAGCUGUGAAAUACUGAAGGUACAGUUAAGUACUUUUAAUCCCAAAAUAAAUUUACUGCUCAGUAUUAAGCUUAGAUGAGGCUUGGGUACAAAUGCAAUUUAGAUUUUACUAAAUAGCUAUUGUCUUUUAGAAGAUGCAUGGAAUCUCGAAUGUAAUAGACUAUUGUGUAAUGUUACUGGUGGUGUGAACCAACUGUUCUAUUCCAUCCCAGAGGUAGCUGAAUAUCAUUGAUGAAUUAAGUGAUACCUGUAUAUAUGUAGCUUGUAAAAGUGCUUUGUAGUGCUUUGUAAUGAAAAGCACUUUUCCAAUUCUGUUGGUACAGAUAGCUUGUGUUUAUAUACAAUAUGUGCACCUAAUAUUCCGUCAAAUAUGAUAAUGGGAUAUGAAAUUAGACAUGCUAUCAAAUUUUGGAUGGGAGCCAUUUCUUUUGAUCUCAAGGUGUACAAAUGCUUGGAGUAGAGGGCAACCGGCAUAAAGUACUGCAGUUUUAUUGUUUUUUAAAAUAUAAUCAAAAUACAUUUUUCAUUGUUUCAUUCAUUUAAAAUAAAAUUGAAAGACUGCAUGUUUCUUGCAAAUCAGUAAAAUGCAUUUCUGUCUGUCUCUCUUCCAUUAAACUGUCUGUCUACUCAUCAGCCAAUAAAAUAUUAAAAAUUCUGGAUCACACAUAAGUUCUUAUGGUAGAACCCAUUACUGAAUGAUCUGGACUUGUCAUUAGCCAAUACACUUGUCAAGGUACAUGUAUGUACUAUUUUUGGAGAAACAGCAGAUUUCUGACAGAGGUGGGCUUUGUGCAUAAAUUGUUUCCACUUUAUGGCCCUCUUCCUUCUUACCCUUUAUUUUCAACUUUUAAUCUAAUAUGUUGACUUUAGCAAUCCUGCCAAAGCAGUGGCCUAUAUACAGGAUUUAUUCAUCUAGGGAAAUAACUUACUCUUAGGUGAAAAACACUGGUAGAUCAAAAAGCAAUGAUAGUUUGGAUAUUUUUUUCACUUGUCAUACAUUUUAGUUUAAAUCUAGUACAGCCAAUAGUAAAAUAUAUCUUAAUGGCUAUAGUUAAGCUAUUAGAUGAAAUUUGUUCCAAGUUAAGUUGCUCACAGCAUCAGUAUUAAAAUAUUUAAAUAAAACACCAAUAUAUUAGCAUACUGCAAUUAGCUAUUUGUGUACUGAGAGGAUUUGUUAGAAUGAUCUUACUAUGCCAAAAAUAAAAUGUAGUAUUCACUCUGCCUGAUUUACAUAUAUAAUAUUGAAGUUACCUCAAAAAGCCUAGAAGCCCCAUAUAAUUUAAAUUUAUAGCAGAUUAAAUAUCUUUUUAGUCAUGGUAUAGUGAAUUUUUAAAAUAGUCUGUUCAGAAAAUUCAAGAAAUAGUUGCUACAGCAUAUUUUUGAGGGUUUGAAUGAAUUGCGGGUGUCAGGAUGGAAUUAACGGACUACAGUUUUAAAGAAAGGAGUAAUUUGCUUUAUGCUCUUAGACCUUUUCUCCUCUCACCUAAAAGUAUAGGUUCCUAGUCAGCCAAACUUUUCUUUUAUUGUUACUGUAGAUCAUGGAGCUCAUCGGAUCCCUACUAUACCAGCGACAGAAGCAUCUUGACUCUCUCCACAAUGGACUCAUCCACUUGUUAACAAGAACAUUUGUUAGUGCCUGGUGGAAGCCAUAUGGUGCUUACAUAUUUAUAAUAGGUUAUGCAUGAGUUCAGUGCUGUAUCCUCUGUCCUAGAAAAUGUGCUAGCACAACAAAAACAUCUAAAUACAAACCUCGUGGUCUAUCUUGUAGCAUAGCAAAACAUACAUGUGAAGGAUAAUCUCUUCCACUACAUUUUUCUAAUCUUAUAACCAAAUAUUUGUAUGCUUUUUCUCUGCCCAUUUCCUCUUCGUGUUAAGAGGUUGGAAUCCUGUGUUUGACAUUUUAUUUGAAAUCUCAAGGUGAGGCAAUGACCAAAAGUUUCUGUUCCCAAGUAAUUGAUUUGAGGGUAUGAACUUAUUUUGAAGUCUGAUUUUGUAAAUUAAGCUGAUUUUUUUUCCCCCCUCCUUGGGGGGGAAAAAAUUUUUUUAUUCUAAAUUUGUAUUGAAGCUUCUUGUUAUGCUAACUUCUUAGUUUACAAAUAAACAAAACUCUUGUUUUUUCCCUGGGCAAGUCAAUUAAUUAAUAUAUCACUUUAAAAAAACCUGAGCUGGUGGAUUAGCUGUUAAGAGAUGGAAAUACCAUCCGCAUAUCUGUAGUGGUGUACAAAUGGCAAUAUACUAGUAAAAUAUGACAUAGCCCUUUUCAAAGUGGUGACAAAAGCAUAGCAUUGUGCACCCUUCAGGUAUGAUAAGAAUCUCAUGUUCUUUACAGGUAAUAUUUAAGAGCCAGUCAUUCUCGUCCAUAACCAUUACAUCCUACAUGUUUUAAUAACUAUUAUUGAUCCUGACAUGGAAAAAUAGGUGGAAAACAUGUUGAAUGGAUUGUACAGUUGUCUCACUGGCAUACGUAUUGAAAAUUUAAAGGGUUUAAUCCUUUUAACAUUGUUGCGGGGUUGCAUGUUUUAUUUUUAAUAUAUUUAUAUUUGUUCAUACUGUACUUUGAAGAUUUAAUUAAGCAUUAUCUUCAUAUAUCUGAAGGAUCUGACACAUUGAUGGCAAUGGUUUGAUAUACAAUUAUCUCAAUAAAAACAAAGUGCACAGAU